UGUCUUUCAAGCAGAGGAAGACAUGUCUGUGAGCAUGCGCGGAUGACACGUCUCAAACAGGUAUACAGCAGAAAUAUCAACGAGGAUGGGCGGCCUCUUAAGUUACUUUCGAGGCCUCUUGGGGAGCAGGGAAAUGCGCAUCCUCAUUCUAGGCUUGGAUGGAGCAGGAAAAACAACUAUUCUAUACAGACUUCAAGUGGGCGAAGUGGUCACUACCAUACCCAGUGACUAUCGGCUUCAAUGUGGAGCAGGUGACGUAUAAGAACCUAAAGUUCCAAGUGUGGGACCUGGGUGGGCAAACAAGCAUAAGGCCCUAUUGGCGAUGUUACUUCUCCAACACAGAUGCCAUCAUCUAUGUAGUAGACAGUGCUGACAGGGACCGUAUAGGCAUUUCCAAAGAAGAGCUGGUCUCUAUGCUUGAGGAAGAAGAGCUUCGCAAGGCAGUUCUGGUUGUCCUGGCUAACAAACAAGACCUGGAAGAGGCCAUGAGUGUCUCAGAGAUUCACUCUGCCUUGGGGUUGGAUGCCCUCAAGAAUCGAACCUUUCAAAUUUUCAAAACCUCUGCGAUCAAAGGGGCUGGUCUGGACGAAGCCAUGGAAUGGUUGUCCAAUGCUCUGACCAGCAACAAGUGACGUUGUUUAUGUGGUGGUGCUGGUGUUACCGAGAGACAUUUCACGAAGCCUCGGUCUAGUCUGCGAACAUUCCGCCGACUUCUGUUGUGUGGCAUCUCCAAGAAUAAAUUUUUUUCUCCACAGUC